AUGCGGCGAACUUCGCGGCCUCGUCUAUUGGCGGACAGAUAUGAGGGCAAACCAAUGUACGUUUUUUUCUCAGCUCUCGAGGAGUGGCAUGUGCCGACCAGACAUAUCCCGGGCAGUCUGAUAUUCACAGUCGAUUUAGACGAAUUGCAUGUUCAUCUGCCCCCGGUUCUGGUCGAGCGUUGGUUCGAUCAACUCACCCAACAUCGUCAUUUCGACUGGCUUCGAACAUGUUUGAAAAAGAGUGGUCAUGAGCACAAAAUCCCGGACAAUUACUUCACCUCUCCUCCUCCGGUCUACCGCAGUCUCACUCAGACCGGAUGUGAUGUGCUUCAAUGUGAUCGUGUCUCCGGUAUUCCAUCCAACCCGAGUACCACUUCGUCUAUGGGCAUUUCAUCCGUGGGACACGCACAAGGAUUGAGUAUUACCGGUCUCGGGUACAGUAGUUCUCUCAAAUAUCCUCCACGGGUACGUCGACGUUCAGAUGAUCAUCCUGUCGGACCGAUGCAUGGAAGUACACUGGUUCACGAGAAAACUCCGAACGGAACAACCGCGACAGAUCUAUUCGGCUCAUCCGUACUGACUCGUCUGGAUCGGACCAAUGCGAAUUGUAUGCUCACAUCCAUGUACAACACGGUGAAUGACCCGACUCUGUUGCGUCAGGUCGUGAACAACAGUCCCAGUUUGGCCGUCAGUCAGCGCUCGUUUCGGGUAUCCAAAACACAACGUGCACGAAAUAACAAUGGACUGUCUCGGCUCGGUGUUACCCCUGUGCCCACAAUCGACGCCAAUCGUGCCAAUAUGACCUGUCCGAACUCGCAAACGCGACUAGCCGUUCCAGAAUUCAUCGAACGCGUGCAUAGUUUGGGCACUAUGGGUCUUGUGGUCGAGUUCGAAGCGAUGUUCAAAGAUCGACCAUUGCAAGGAACAUGUGAUCAAUUCGCGCUAUUGGAAAAUCGUCGCCGUAACCGAUACCUGGAUGUCCCAUGUUUGGACGCAACCGCAGUCGCUCUAUCGGACGGGACCUAUUUGCAUGCGAACUGGGUCCAUGGUUAUCGGCGUCCACGCGCGUACAUCCUGGCUCAAGGUGAGUGGCAACGCGUUGUGAAAGUUUCCAAUCGAGUCAUGACUCCGAAGGUCAUUGCUGAGAUGAGCGAGGCGCGAUGCCCGCACCAAGCUUGGAAAGAUGGCUUGUGCUAUAUCGUAUAUGAUCAAAAUGAGAAAUGA